AUGGGCACAGGUCCUGCCUCGCCGCAGGCUCAAGCAUGUGGCCCCUCCGAGCCUGCUGCCGACAGCUCAUUUAGCUUCACCCCCAUCAAAGCCAUACGCGCGAUUCCUCAUCUUUGGGAACGCAAACCAUCUACUCCCUACCAGGCGGGUGCCAAGUCGCGCAAACUGUGGAAGCGCUUCCGUACAUCGUUCUCCGGUAUGAAGUCGCUUGAAACGUCAACAAUGAUGGAGCAGAGCGCGUUUCAAACCGCCAUUAAUGCGUCCCGAGACGCCGGCUACGCGCGAGGUGUGAAGCGCCUGUGUGUUGGGGCUGACGAGCCUGAAAAGCGCCCGGUCUUUCAAAUGCAGGAGCCUGCGCGCUCGUUUCUUGAGACCAAAUGGGAGCCCGAGAGAGGCCAGAAGCGUCGUAAAUUACCGGAUGCCCCGAUUAACAUUUACGAUGAGAGUUCGCAAAACAACCAAAGCGAUGAUGUUAUGACGGAAUCGGACGUGCCCCUUAUUUCUAUGCGCAGCCCGUUGAAGGCGACUCUUUUCAACAAUCACAUGAAUCAAGACCUCGAUGGUGCCUCUGACGCAGAUGGAGUGAAAAGCCCAGCGUCCAUGGCCCAGGAGCAGUGUGCAAUGAUCAACACUGCAGCCAAGGAUGAAAACCGCGACACGGCACCAACCCCUACGAAGGUUGUGCGCGAUUUGACACAACAACAAGAAGGCACAUUAGUGCGAUCGGCUUUACGCAGCUCGCUUGAUGGAGCGGAUACAGCACUACUCAACGACUUUUUGUCGAAGGCCCAGGCCAAGCGUGCGGCAAAGGCAGCUUUGAUGGACCAAGAAGGCGAUGUGACUGAAAAGUCAUCUAGCGCCGAGGAGUCACCAGAGGCAGAAAUUACUACACCACGUUCCCGUCGUGCCUUAGAAGUUUUAGAUACAAACUCGCCCUCGCCAGUCAAGCCUGAUGUUUCUGUAACAAAAUGUGAUGUUCCCCUCGGGGAUGAAGCGCCCGAGAAUGAAGUGACCAAGGUCAUCAUGGAGGAAGAGCCAGCACCUGGAAGCCCGUCCUGCAGACGAAGCACACGGGUCAAAGUCCCCACAGUCAAUCCUGCCAAUGUGCGCAGCACUAUCGCCUUGCGCCGGGCCAAGGGCAACGAAUUCAUUUUCCUGCAGCGGACCGAGGCCCAGGAGGUGGCAUUGGCUACGAAGAAGAAUACUCGGUUGAACAGGGGUGGCGCUGUGCCUCCCCAAAUUGUACUUGAGGCCUUUGCCUUAUUACAGAGGCAAGGCAUAUCCCCAUAUGAUGAUUGUGAAGGUGCUACUCACCGUUCAUCUACACGGAAGAGCGUUACCUGGAAUGACGAUCAGCUUGUGCAAUACGAGGAUGAAAGGCAAAGCUCAGAAAAUCUAGGGGAAAAGGACAACAGCAGCAGCGAUGACGUUGAAGAAGGUACCCGAUCACGAUCUGCAUCAACACGCUCUGAAAAGAAAGCAUCUAGUCAGCGCAGCAGUCGUAGCCAGAUGCGCGAGUCAUCGACCAAUGAGGAGUCUGAGAGUGCCCCGGCCCCGGCUACUGCACCUACGACUGCACCCCAGCGAUCGCGACGCGUGCGCCGUCUGGGGGAGUCGGCGAUGGUCUCGGGCACACCCGUGAAAACAGGCAGUGGUCGUAUCAGCAAGCGACCCGCUCCUUCGGCCCCCACUGAGGCAGUUGUAUCCGCAGGACCCUCGACUCCCACUAAGCCUCGCCGAAAGCUGACUCCCAAGUCACCAAGUUUGUCAAGUCUUGCUGCUCCGGCCUCUAAGACUGUGGGAGCCGCUGAGCAGUCUUUUGUGAGCGGUAUCCCCACUCGCAGCGCGAGCACUAGUGACGGAAGCUCCGAGUCCAAGCGGAGUAUACUCCAGUCUAGUGCGGGGUGCACACCUCGUCGUAUUCGAGUGAGAAAUUGA